CGCUCCCGUAAAAGAAGAAAAAAAAUGUCUGGGGUUUGGGAAUUCAACAAUGGUGUGAUUCGUUUGGUGAAAAACCCUCAAGCUGAUGGAAGGCAAGGCUCAAAGAAAAAGGUGCUGGUUCACUUACCAACAGGGGAAGUGGUUUCUUCUUACUCUUUUCUUGAGCAAAUCUUGACUGGUUUAGGGUGGGAGAGGUACUAUGAUGGAGACCCUGACCUGUACCAAUUCCACAAGCACUCUUCUAUUGACCUAAUCUCUCUCCCAAAGGACUUCUCCAAGUUCAACUCAAUCAAUAUGUAUGAUAUAGUCAUCAAGAACCCCAAUGUUUUCCAUGUCCGGGAUAAGUGAGUCUUCAUUUUAUUUUUUUUAAUUUAUUUUAGCUUUAGGUCUAUCUAAGUUUUCAAUCUAUUUUCUGAUGAUGUUAGUGUGCUCUUAUAUAUAGCUAGAGUUUGUGGAAACUCUAGUAGAAUUUGAUGGUUUUUGCUUUGUGUUUGUGAGGAAUAAGUUAGAUGAUUGAUGGUUUUUGUACAUUGAGUGGUAUAUGUGUGCUUGGGGUGCUUAUGUAACAUA